GCGUGUUGCGUGUAAGACCUACGUGACUAUGAUGUACUCAACGGCAGUGAUCGGUGGUGCAGCUGUGGCCAGCAAUUUUUGGGCGUCUACCGCAUUUGUGGUUCCCUCGGGCUCGCCUUUCGUCGGGCCCAGGACUGACGUACAUAGUAAGGGGUCAACACGAACCGUUGGCAACCGCAACUCUGCCUGCGGUCCGAUGAUGGCGCUCAAGGGAUUGGCUAGAAAGGCGAAGGAGGCGCAGGUUUCGAAGGACAUGGAAGAGCUGCGAUCGGCCGAACCCGACAGCCCGGUGUUUCAGCUGUUGGAACAGGCUGAGGCGGGGAAAGGAGCAGGGGACGGGCCGGAGUACCCCCUGUCUGACGUGCUUCGGAAGAACAAGGGGACGCUCUCGGUGGUAGCGGAGUACAGAAAGAUCCUCAAGUCUGGGUUCAUCGACGGAAUCUUGGCGCCGGAGCUGCUGUGCCCCCUCCUCCGCAACGGAGGUGCCGCCUGCAUCGCCGUCGCUACUGAACCCCUGACCGGUGGUUGCUCGGAUGCCGACUUGAAGACGGUGGUGGAGGAGCAAGAGAACAGCCGGGGAGACUUCCCGGGCCCAAUGCCCGUGAUCAUCAGGGAUCUCGUCAUCUCCGAGUUCGAGAUUGCUCGCGCCAAGGCAGCAGGGGCGGCGGGGGUAACGGUGGUGCUCGCUCUCGUUGGCCCCGAACGCGCGGCGGAGCUCGCGGCGUUUUCCAAGAAGCUAGGCAUGGAAGCGGUGAUCCAGGCCACCAGCCAGGAGGAGAUCGAGCAGGCGGUGACCUCGGAGGACAUCUCGAUCAUCUCCAUAGUGGGAAAGAUGGUGGAUGAAGCAGUGGAACUGCGGCAGUACAUUCCCGAUAGGGUGGUGUCUGUGGUACACGUGGACAGAAGAUCAGAUGAGGGUAUGGAUGAGAUCGAAGACUGCUGGCAGCUCAGGGACGCCGGCUACCACACAAUAUGGGCGUCUGAGGUGUUGUACAAGGGGGGAAUGAUGCAAGCGGAAUCUGCCGAGGCCAUCCUGAAGGCAAUCAGAGCGAAGGCCAGCGUAAAGUACGGCCGUGCAAGAGGCAUGUCUGGGAAGGGGGAGGGGGCGAAGGAGUACCUGGGCUACUUGGCCCAAUAAUAGCAGAGCCUCACCAAGGCAGGAGAGGAGGGCAUGGGCAGCUCCCGGGAGGAUCGGGGACAAGAAGAGGUCGCCUUCGGGGUUUCGUCGAGGCUGCAGAAGCAUGCUCCGAAUGAAGGAGGGGCGCAAGAGGUUUUAUGCCUCUUGGUGACGAAGCUGAUAAUCGCACACAGGGAUGACGGGCACUUGAGAACCGUGCAAAGGGUUUGUAUUUGGUUCUCAAUCCUGCUGCCUUUCCGAUGGUUUCUCCCCGGUGGUCCGAAUUGAGUCACAUUGGUUCCGAGUACUUUUUGGCCUGUUGGUGUGGAAUCUAUUUAGCACACAAUCGAAUCGUCGAGCUCAUCUGUUGCCGGUUUUGAGCUCACUGACGCGACUCACAGGACAAUGAUGGAGGGUUUUAGAGUGCAAUUCACCAGGUCGCUGUUUUGAACCAAGAUUUGCUUGUCGAAAUCCGCAACAGCCUUUCUUGUCUUUGUUUGGGCCAACUCGAGAGUGAGUUUGUCGAUUUAAUUUUCCCCACUUGUUCUGGAGAGGGAUAGGCUAUUUUUUCUAGCGAAUGGGGUGGUUGAAGUUUCGGGCAGUUCGGCAGCUGGCGUACGAUUUCCACCGUCAAUUUCUGACAAGCGAGAUCAGCCCGGGCAGAAGGCAGAACUCUUCGAACCGAAUGAAUGCGGGUAGGUUGAGAGGGUUAAACCUCGACAAGAUAUGUGCCUGCUGUUUUUAUUUGCUCAGAGCUGUGUGGCACUGUCUAGAGUGCUAGUUAAACUCGUUGGCAAAGAGCCCGUUUUCAGCACUCUGCAGACGAAUUCGUUUAUCGGCAGCCGGAUCGGCUCUCCAGGGUAGUCUCGGGAGGUUCUUGUUCGGUGAAUGUCGACCCUAGCGACACACGGCUGGCUGCUCGGCGUGAGUUUUAGGGCUGCUCUGUAUCGUCACUUGACUAAAUAGAGUAUUCGGUGCGAUGAGGCCUCCUGUCUGUGCCCGGUGGUUCCACCCAAACAACAAGAUCAACACCAAAGCUAUCUUUCUCUUCGCCACCGGUCUGG